AUGGAUUGGGUUUCACAUCCAGCACUACCCGGUUAUGUGAUUCUUGAUGUAUCUUCACAGCGGCUAGCUAUGGAAACCAAAGAUAUUCAGGCCUCAAAUCAAGAAGUCCUCUUCUCCGAACAACACUUGAAGCACACUGAAUUAACACUUCAGCAUCUCCUGUUUGGGCUCUUCUUGGGCACAUACCUCGUCACUAUACUGAGGAAUCUGCUCUUCAUCCUUGCCAAUGACUCUAACCCUCACCUCCACACUCCCACAGACCUCUUCCUGUCCAAUCUGUCCUUCUCUGACAUUGGUUUCAUCUCUACAGUCAUUCCCAAGAUGUUAGAUAACUUUGGCUCAGGAAGCAAACUGAUUUCUUAUGGGGGGUGUCUGACACAACUCUACUUCUUUGGCCUCUUUGCAGAUCUGGACAACUUUCUCCUGGCUGUGAGGGCACUCUCUCGCUAUGGCAUCAGCCACCCCCUCCAUUAUGCCGUGACCAUGAACUCCCAACGCUGUGUUCUGCUGGUGGCUGGGUCAUGGCUGGCUACUACAUUCCAUGCCCUGGUGCACACCCUCCUGUUGACCAGGCUUUCUUUCUGUGGCCCCAAUGUCAUCCCCCAUUUCUUCUGUGAUCUGGUCCCACUCCUGAAGUUGGCCUGCUCCAGUACUUAUGUCAAUGACCUGGUGCUCAGCCUUGUGGCAGGAACAUUGUUAAUCAGACCCUUUGCCUGCAUCCUUACAUCCUACUUUUCCAUUGCAUUGGCAGUCCUAAGAAUUGAUUCCCUGAAGGGUAAGCAAAAGGCCUUCUCCAACUGCACCUCCCACCUCUCGGCAGUCUCUCUGUUCUGUGGCACAGCUGUUGGUGUCUAUUUUUUUGUCUUUCAGCAUCCCCCUCUGGCAAAGGACAGAGUCUUCUCUGUGAUGUACACAGUGGUCACCCCCAUGCUGAACCCCUUCAUCUACAGCCUGAGAAACAGGGACAUGAAGGGGGCUCUGGGGAGAGUACUCAGAAGAAACACAUUCUAACACUUUUUCUUGGGAACCUGAGUCCUGACUCAGAGACUCAGAGCUGAGAGUUGAA